AUGGAGAGGCUGAAUAGGCCCAGUGAGCUGUGGGAGCGGAUCAGGGCCCUGGACGAGUCUAAUAAGAGGUGUUGUGACUGUGGUUCACGGCAUAAUGUUGAUUGGGUGUCUAUCAACCUGCUUUGUGUUGUGUGCAUCCAGUGUUCUGGAGUACACAGGUCUCUGGGAUCUCAUAUAUCAAAGGUGAGGUCGUUGAACAUGGAUGAUCUACACUCUAACCGAGAACUCAAAUACCUGUUAGUGAACCACCUGAUUAACAGGAACGUCAACAGCGUAUAUGAAGCCCGAAUACCUGCCGGGAUAAAGAUAAGGAAGGAUGCUCAGCCUGCUGACCGGGCUAGGUACAUAGUUGACAAAUAUAUGCACAAAAAGUAUGUUGAACGCACCAUGCAGGCUACUUUGACCAACUCCCAGAUGGCUAACGAUAAGGAUAUAAGAGAUACAGAAAUAGAAGACCUAGUGAGGCAUAUACGAGCGAAGUCUAUACUGGGACUACAAAGAAGCCUGGCGAUGUCAAAACACACACUGAAAGACCUUUGUCUUCAUUAUGGCAUUCGUUCACCAACUUUAUUUCAAUUGUCCUUGGAGCAGUUCGAGGCUACCUCUUCUGGAACCCUAGUGUAUUAUAUAUCGGAAUACUUGCUGCUGAAUGGGCUUUUAAUAGAUGAUCAAAGAGCUGUUGGUAAAACUAAAUUAGACGUUAGUCCUGGGGCUUUAGAAUAUUGGACAUCCAGGCAAAAUAUGUAUGACACAUAUGCCAAUGCUAUGAUGCAAAAUAACGGGGAGACUAAUGGUGGUUCCAAUGGACUGGCAAGAGAUAGAACAAAGAAUGGACGAAUGAGCAACGGGUUGCCACGUCGGGCAAACACCCAGAAUGAUGGAAAGAGACGACUAUAUUUGGAUACACAAUCGUCAGCUUUCGAUAAUAAUAGGAGUUCUGGGCCAUUUUCAGCUACAUCAAAUAAGAAAAGAUGGAGUCUCGCAUCGCCGACAAGCAUACUCUCUAUACAUAAAAGUCUCUCCAGAAGAGAUUCGCAUAAGAAGUCAUAG